CAACCUCCUUGCAGAUGAAGACGACGAUGACGAUAGUGCGCCGGGCAUCGUCCGGCCUGCGAGCAUGACCCAGCUCGGCUCAGGUCCGGUGUCCUUUGCUGGUGUCGGCGCGGGCACUACUCCAAUGGCAAGCGGAUAUGACAGGCUGCGCGACGGAAACCUCAACAUGAGCGUGGACCCCUCCAACUUACUUGAUAGCGCCGAGGCAUUCUCGCGUGUGAACGACCUCGCGGACCUCGCACUCGGUGCCGGUGCAUAUGGUCUGCCCUAUACGGCCUCGCCCGCGCACUCUGGUGAAUCGGCGUCGGACGAGGUGGGCAUGGGCGCGGUGCCAAUGAGCAGGGAGGGUAGCAGGGAAGAUGAUGCGCUCAUCCGGCGUGCGAGCUCGUCAUUGGACGCACGAGAGACCUCGGGAUAUACGUCCGGCUCGGGAUCUGGGUCAAGAAGGAACUCAGCGCCGUCGCCGAUGCUGUUCAGGUCUGCGAGUGCGCUGGCAAUGCCCAUCGACCCUCCACUUCGCUCUCCAGCACGUUCACAGACAGCGUCCGGGGUGCUCGAGCCCGCGGCCUGGCUAAGCGGGCGCGGUGUCCAGCAUUCUGCGAGUCCCAACGCCAAUUCACAGCUAGCCACGAGCCACAGUACGCCCGUCCUCGCCAACACGCACCCGGCAGAUCCCUUCCGCGACCCAGUGCAAGCCAACACGCACCCCGCCGACCCUUUCUGCGACUCGUAUGCUAUGGAUAGUGGCGGGGGGUCAGGCAGCUCGGACUUAGACCAUGCACACGUCUCUGGGUCCUCGCACGGGCACAGCGGAGGGUCCGCGUUCGCGCACGGCGCGGGCGGGUCGUCCAAUGAUCACGGGCAAGAGAAUGGGCGGCGCUCUCCCGGCCCUUCCUCGCUGCUCCCGACGCAGCAGGGUAUACCGCCGACGGCAUUCCGCUACGGCCAUGGAACGGAAAAUGCGUACGAUUAUGAUGACGACGGGUCGAGCGUAGGCGCGAAUGGGAAGCGGCGGCGAAAGAGCUUCCUGGGGAUGGGCAUGUGGAAGCCAAGGCGCGGCGCGCGGCCCGGAAGCGGGGACAGCUCGCAGAGCUAUGCGUACGGGAGCGCGCGACAGCCUACCACUCCAGGCGCAGGCGCGGCGGUGAACAAUUAUGGCACGAUGGGUCGCACACCUUCGAGUGUGAGCGCGGGGCUUGCUAUAUACGCGAAUGCGAAUGCGAAUAAUGCGCGGACGCUCGGACGCGUUUCGGGGCUCGUGCGCGAGCAGACGCCGACGCUCCCGCCAGGGUCGCUUCCGUUCCUCGCGCGGCCAUACGUGCCUCCAAAAACCAUCACUUCCCCGCCCACGGGCACGGGCAUGAGCUCCAGCGACUCGCCAUUUGCGGCUGACCCAGUCAACGUUAACUUCAAUGUAGACUCGUCGCCGAGCGGCGGCGAGUCUUCCGUUUCGCACACACACUCGUAUAGCCAUGGGAAGCCGUGGGCUGGCCUGUUCGGCGCGCCGGAUCUGCCAUCGCCCGCACUCACGGAAGGCUCAGGGAUCGUUGCGCGCGAGGGACUGCUGGACCCGCGCCUGGGGAUGGGCGUCCUGGGUGCGGCGGGGAUGGAGAGCCAGGGCGCGCUUAGCUUUAGGGACGAGGUGGACUAUUCGCGGCCGAUCGGCGGGCUGGUGAACAACCAGCAGCACAGCCAGACGACGUUCCAGACGUCGCACUACGAGUCGGACGCGGACGUGGAGAAUGACGAUGCGGGGUCGGAGCUGGCCAUCCCGAGCACGGUGCACUCGUCAUAAGCGCAUGGUGGCGUACCGCUACUUGCUCACUGCGUUUAUCUAUUUGUUUCAUUUGACUUCCUCUUUAAAACCUUUUCUCUAUUGUUUAUGCUCUUUUUUCUCUUUACCCCAUUGAAGAGACUCGCACCUCCCGCAGAUCAGCUUGUCGCUACAAGCACAAAACAGCGGUGCCUGUCGCUCUUUCGUCCGGUCAAUUCAUGUACAUACUUCACUUUCUCCUUUUCUUCUUUCGCUCACGAAUACACAAGAAUUAACCCACCCCCUCCUGUUUUGUCUAGCUGUUCCUCGUCCGUCCAUUCAUCCAUACGUACAGAAGAUGGUACACUCAUGCGCAUAUAUAAGUAUACAUAUAUACAUCGUAACCAACUGUGUAGUUUUAGUCGCGCUCGCAGCAUGUAAAACUGUUUUCAUUCUCCCCGCAUACA